UGAUACUACAAGUUAAUAGACAACUUAUGUGAAAUUAUUAUAUUGCUUCGCUAUGUAAGUAAGCCUAGGUCUAGCUCGGCCGGCAACGCACCUACACUCAGUUCUACAGGCAUUCAUUUGAAUUUCUUUUAUAAGUGCACGACCUAACUAUAUGUCUUAAGCUACAUUUUCUAAAAACACUUUUUCUUUCUCAGGUCAACAUCCAAUCUCAGAAUGGCUUCACGCCACUCUACAUGGCAGCGCAGGAGAACCAUGAUGGCGUCGUGAAGUUCUUACUCGCUAAUGGAGCCAAUCAGAGCCUUGCUACUGAGGAUGGCUUCACUCCUCUGGCAGUGGCGAUGCAGCAAGGUCAUGAGAAGGUGGUAGCAGUUCUUCUGGAAGCUGACACUCGUGGCCGGGUCCGCUUGCCAGCACUGCACAUUGCUGCUAAAAAAGAUGACGUCAAGGCGGCGAAUUUGUUGCUUGAGAACGAACAUAAUCCCGACGUGACUUCGAAGUCUGGCUUCACUCCGCUCCACAUUGCGGCCCACUAUGGCAACGAAGCUGUUGCGAGACUUCUCCUGGCCAAGGGAGCUGAUGUCAACUGUGCUGCUAAGCACAACAUCUGUCCUCUACAUGUUGCUGCUAAAUGGGGCAAGGAAAAUAUGGUCUCGCUCCUUUGCGACAAUGGGGCCAACGUCGAGGCUCGCACUAGAGAUGGACUGACUCCUCUGCAUUGUGCCGCUCGCUCAGGCCACGAGAGGGUCGUUGAGGUCCUUCUGGAUAGGGGUGCUCCUAUUACUAGCAAGAGUAAGAAUGGCUUGGCUCCCCUCCACAUGGCAGCCCAGGGAGACCAUGCUGAAGCAGCUCGAGUGCUGCUGUCCCGCCGCGCUCCAGUCGAUGACGUCACUGUGGACUAUCUAACAGCCUUGCACGUCGCCGCCCAUUGCGGACAUGCUAAAGUCGCUAAACUUUUAUUGGACAGAAACGCAGAUGCUAAUGCACGCGCUCUCAACGGAUUUACUCCACUGCACAUCGCGUGCAAGAAGAAUAGGAUCAAGGUGGUGGAACUGCUGCUCAAGUAUGGUGCCAGUAUACAAGCCACCACAGAAUCAGGACUGACUCCUCUCCACGUGGCCGCAUUCAUGGGCUGCAUGAACAUCGUGAUCUAUCUGCUGCAGCAUGAGGCAAACCCUGACGUACCCACCGUCAGGGGAGAGACACCUUUGCAUUUGGCUGCGAGAGCCAACCAGACUGACAUUAUCCGCAUCCUGCUCCGCAAUGGCGCAGCAGUAGAAGCGAAGGCUAGAGAACGCCAGACACCACUGCACAUCGCAUCCAGACUGGGCAACGUGGACAUUGCUGUACUGUUACUGCAACACGGUGCUGAUGUCCGAGCUAUGACUGCAGAUCACUAUAACCCCCUGCAUAUUGCUGCAAAACAGCAUAAUCAUGACGUCGCAGCAGCUCUAAUCGAACACAAUGCCCCAUUGACAGCGACAACAAAGAAGGGCUUUACGGCGCUGCAUUUAGCCGCUAAAUAUGGCAAUUUGAAGGUGGCGAAUCUAUUACUUGCUCAUGGUGCUUCACCUGACCAAGCGGGCAAGAAUGGAAUGACACCACUUCACAUCGCUGCUCAGUAUGAUCAGCAAGCCGUUGCCACUACACUUUUGGAGAAAGGAGCUGAUGCUAAGGCUGUAGCCAAGAAUGGACAUACUCCUCUUCACAUAGCCGCUCGUAAGAACCAGAUGGAAACGGCAGCCACUCUGCUGGAAUAUGGAGCUUUGACCAACGCAGAGUCCAAGGCUGGAUUCACACCUCUACAUCUGGCAGCCCAACAGGGACACACGGAAAUGUGCUCCUUACUUCUGGAGCAUGGUGCUGAGGUAGACCAGCAGGCUAAGAAUGGAUUGGCAGCUUUGCACUUGGCUGCCCAAGAAGACAGGGUGCCAGUCGCGCAGCUGUUGGUUAAGAAUGGUGCAGAGGUAAAUGUUGUUCUAAAAGAUUUGUUUUUACCCUUUGGUAGAUGA